AUGGAAGAGUCUGAACAAUGCUAUGCCAAUCUCAUCAAUCAUCAUGAAGACACUGUUCGGAAAAUGCUGACAGCCCAUGAUGAGUUAGUCAAGGCCACAAACGAGCUCAUCAAGCAAACUCUCAUCUGGCAUGAAAAGAAGAUUCAAUGCUUGGAAAGGGAAAUUAACUCAAAGGACUCAAAGAACCUUAUGAUGCAACAAUUCCUCGUCAAAUUCAUUCAGUUUACCCAACAUUUUGUGGACAUUCCAAAAUACAAAUUUGAUGAAGUCCCUUUGAUCCUUGAAGACGCCCUUGAUACUUUUAAAGAUCAAUCUCACACUGCAGACACCUAUGAUAAUCUUUCGAAGAUGGUCAACCUAAUCUUUCAAAAGGUAUUUGAUAAGCUUGGAGAAUUUAAGGAUGAUAUGAAGCUUGCACUAAAAUCUAGGCCUUCUAAUGCGAGAGGAGGAGAAGUGGUUAUGACCUGA